UAAGACCCGCCUUGAGGGUUAAAUAAAUUAAAAACUGUCCAAUGUAAAUCCCUUUUCAGCCUACACAUGACUGAGAUUGAAUUAUUGUUUACUUUAACUUUUAGAGUUAUUUUAGUGUAUGUUGUAAAUGUUAUUUUUGUAUGAAUUGUUCUUUUGUAAGAAUUGGCGCGUUUUUCUCGCAUCACCGCGCUGACGUCAUCAGUAGUUUCCUUCCUCGUUCAGCGCGUUUGUUGUGUCUUCUGAGGCCCGAUGGAGGAAAAUUGCGAGAUUGGAGAGGAGAAACAUCAUGUCAAAACUGAAGAAAAAAGUCCCUCGCAGACUGAAAGCCCGGUGGAGGAAAAUGAGGAGAUUGCAGAGGAGAAACAUCAUGUCAAAACUGAAGAACAAACUCCCUCACAGACUGAAAGUAUUUCUUUGAAGAAAAAAGACAAGAAAUAUUUCAUCUGCCAUAAGUGUCUGAGUUGUUUCACACGACAAGAAGACCUUCAGGAACACGAGAUCAUCCACACUAUUGAGAAAGUGCAUCAAUGUGAUCACUGUUGGAGAAUUUUUUCAUGUGCUUCAUCCCUAAAGAGCCAUCUCAGAGUUCAUUCACAGGAGAAACCAUAUUUAUGUUCUUUGUGUGGAAAGAGUUUUAAAUAUAAACGAAGUCUCGAGAUUCACACUAGAGUCCACACCGGAGAGAAACCGUUCACAUGUGAUCAGUGUGGGAAGAGUUUUUCAGAAUCAUCAAACCUUCAGGAACACAUGAACAUCCACACUGGAGAGAAACCAUACGAAUGUGAUGAAUGUGGCAAAACAUUUUCGAGGUAUACAGGCCUAUCGACCCACAUGCUAGUUCAUUCACAGGAGAAACCACAUUCAUGUUCUUUUUGUGGAAAGAGUUUUUCACGUAUGCAGAAUUUAAAACUUCAUCAGAAAAUACAUACUGGUGAAAGAGAUCAUAAGUGCUUAGAGUGUGGGAAGAGUUUUAUUACCGGAGUGCGUCUGAAACUACACUGGCGGACUCACACUGGAGAGAAACCGUACAAGUGUUCACACUGCGACAAGAAAUUCCGUCGGUCUGAACACGUGAAAACACACGAGAGGAUCCACACUGGAGAGAAACCGUAUCACUGCACUCCAUGUGGGAAGAGUUUCACUCAAGUAUCUUCUCUACGCAGUCAUAUAAAAUACAAUCACAGUAAACUGCCGAAAGCUACAGAACAGAGGCGCAAAUGGAUCGGGCAGACAGAGAAAGGCCCGAUGGAGAAAAAUGAGGAGAUUGGAGAGGAGAAACAUCAUGUCAAAACUGAAGAAAAAACUUCCCCGCAGACUGAAAGUAUUUCUUCACUGAAAAGAGACAAGAAAUAUUUCAUCUGCCAUCAGUGUGGGAAGAGUUUCACACAACAAGGACGCCUUAGGAAUCACAUGGUCAUCCACACUGGCGAGACACAGCAUAAAUGUGAUCAAUGUGGUAAAACAUUUGCAUGUGCUUCAUCCCUAAAGAGCCAUCUCAGAGUUCAUUCACAGGAGGAACCACAUUCAUGUUCUUUAUGUGGAAAGAGUUUAAAACACAUAGAGAGUCUUGUGUCUCACAUGAUGAUCCACACUGGAGAGAAACCAUUCACAUGUGAUCAGUGUGGGAAGAGUUUUAGACAAUCAUCAAACCUUAAGGAACACAUGAACAUCCACACUGGAGAGAAACCGUACAAAUGCGAUCAAUGUGGCAAAACAUUUUCGAGGGCUACAGGCCUGAAUACCCACAUGUUAGUUCAUUCACAGGAGAAACCACAUUUAUGUUCUGUUUGUGGAAAGAGAUUUCCACGUAUGCAGAGUUUGAAAUUUCAUCAGAAAAUACAUACUGGUGUAAGAGAUCAUAAGUGCUUUGAGUGUGGGAAGAGUUUUAUUACCGCUAUGACUUUGAAACUACACUGGCGGACUCACACUGGAGAGAAACCGUACAAGUGUUCACACUGCGACAAGAGAUUUCGUCGGUCAGGACACGUGAAAACACACGAGAGGAUCCACACUGGAGAGAAACCGUAUCACUGCACUCUAUGUGGGAAGAGUUUCACUCAAGUAUCUUCUCUACGCAGUCAUUUAAAAUACAAUCACACCAAUCACAGGAAGUAGAUCAUCUUAAGCCUGUGUUGCAUGGUUAAUUAUUCAAAUGAUGUUUGAUUUUUGGAGCAAAAUACGCUAAUUAAAACAAAACUUGGAAAAAAA